AUGUGUUACUCUCUAAAAGACUAUAAUUCCCACACCCCUGCCUUCUAUGAGGUUGAGGCGACAGCACGAACGCCUCAGUCAGUGCUGUCCCUGCGCCCGUUCAAGUCGCUGCACUGUGGCGAGACCUUCCGUUUCAGGAACUGGCAAACAUCCUCUCCUGCCCCUGGCACCAGCCCUCCUGCUCCUGGUACGUCCACUCCUGCCCCUGGUACAUCCACUUCCGCACCUGAGACAUCCACUCCUGCCCCCGGUACGACCACUCCUGCCCCUGAUACAUCCACUUCCGCCCCUGAUACAUCCACUCCUACCCCUGAUUCAUCCACUCCUGUCCCUGAUACUUCCACUCCUGCCCCUGAUACAUCUACUCCUGCCCCUGAUACUUCCACUUCUGCCCCUGAGUCAUCCACUCCUGUCCCUGAUACUUCCACUCCUGCCCCUGAUACAUCUACUCCUGCCCCUGAUACUUCCACUUCCGCCCCUGAUACAUCCACUCCUACCCCUGAUACAUCCACUCCUGUCCCUGAUACUUCCACUCCUGCCCCUGAUACAUCUACUCCUGCCCCUGAUACUUCCACUUCUGCCCCUGAGUCAUCCACUCCUGCCCCUGAUACAUCCACUUCUGCCCCUGAUACAUCCACUCCUGCCCCUGAUACUUCCACUCCUGCCCCUGAUACAUCCACUCCUGCCCCUGAUACUUCCACUCCUGCCCCUGAUACAUCCACUUCUGCCCCUGAUACUUCCACUCCUGCCCCUGAUACUUCCACUCCUGCCCCUGAUACAUCCACUCCUGCCCCUGAUACUUCCACUCCUGCCCCUGAUACAUCUACUUCUGCCCCUGAUACUUCCACUUCUGCCCCUGAUACAUCUACUCCUGCCCCUGAUACUUCCACUUCUGCCCCUGAUACAUCUACUCCUGCGCCUGAUACUUCCACUCCUGCUCCUGAUACAUCUACUUCUGCCCCUGAUACUUCCACUUCUGCCCCUGAUACGUCCACUCCUGCCCCUGAUACUUCCACUCCUGCCCCUGAUACAUCUACUUCUGCCCCUGAUACUUCCACUCCUACCCCUGAUACAUCCACUCCUGCCCCUGAUACUUCCACUCCUGCCCCUGAUACAUCUACUCCUGCCCCUGAUACUUCCACUUCUGCCCCUGAUACGUCCACUCUUGCCCCUGAUACUUCCACUUCUGCCCCUGAUACGUCCACUCCUGCCCCUGAUACUUCCACUUCUGCCCCUGAUACAUCCACUCUUACGACUGAUACAUCGUCUCUUGCCCCUGACACAGUUACUACUCUCCCAGCCCUGAACACUACAGCAGCCCCGCCCUGCGACUAUUCUGCCUUCUCCAGCGUUCACUCCAUGCUGACGUCUCCAGCGUGUACCAACACCAAGCCCGCGGUGACCGAAGCGGAGAAGACAGAGAUUCUGAAUGUUCAUAACACUCUCAGGGCAAAGGUGGCCAGAGGCAACGAGACGGAGGGCGAUCCGGGACCUCAGCCCAGCGGCGCCAACAUCCGGGAACUGAAAUGGAACGAUGAGUUGGCACAAGUGGCACAGGCCUGGGUGAACCGGUGCACGUUCGAGCAUGACUGCUAUGCCUGCAGGAAGAUCUGCUCGAGGGAGUAUGAAGUCGGACAGAAUCUAUACUUGGCCAUUACCUCCGUAGAAAAUGACGACGUAAUCAUGUGGACGCAGGCGAUACAAUCUUGGUACAGCGAGGUGAGCGACGUGCCCAACACCUUUGUAGCGAGCUUCAACGUCAACCCCCCGUCAGGCAGAGCCAUCGGCCAUUACACGCAGGUCGUAUGGGCUGAAACAUACGAGGUUGGCUGCGGCGCUGUGCACUUCGCCAAAUCCGGCACGACGAAGAUCUACGCGUGCAACUACGGACGGGCUGGGAACUUCUUGAAUAAUCCUGUGUACGUCGAGGGGGCGGCCGCGUCCCAGUGCCCGGGCGCCGUGUCCACUGCGUACAGCGGCCUUUGUGCUUAGGUCCAGCUGGUUGUGUGUUUGAUGAAUGAGGUUUUCCAUUCAUGGGUACAGUACAUGGCCCGUAUAUUGCUUAAAAUUUGGGGAUUAAAUAUAGUUAUUGCAGUUGAUUAUAUGCACCAACUUCCUAUUGCUUAUAAUAAAAGUUGUGAGUAAAAUUUUCAUCUGUCAAAAAUAAUAAUUGAGGUCGAAUUGAAGUUUACAGCAUAA